CUGCUGUGUGCACAGACUGAAAAUGGCCAUUAGAGUGUAAAUAACUCCACCCUGCUCCAUUUUAUACCACGGUUGUUGUUUUGAGUUGUUCUACAUUGAGAAAGAGGUGCUGGCUUUAUGUUGUGUCAGCCAGCAAAGAACCAGCAGGUGGCGGUGAGCAGCUUUAACUUUGGCUUCUUGAUAGCCACGAAGAAGAAACCGUGACGUCACUUCCUUAUCAUCCUGACAGAGCAACAACAUGGACUCUGUUGAGGGGAGUUUAGAAACCGGGUUUACCGGAGAAAGCGGCGCAGCAAAGAUCACAGAGCGGCUCCAGAAGCGGCACCAGCUGAGAGCGGAGGACGCCGAGCGGAGGAAGGAGGCUAAAGAGAGCCAGACUGUCGAGGAGGAGAAGCUAGAGUUCUUCUCCAGCAGCUUCAACACAGAGAGGGCCUCCAUCCAGGAGCUGCUGGACAGCUGCUCUGGAGCCAGCAAGGCUGAGGUUACCCAACAUCUGGAGGAGGCCACGGCCAAAACACUCCAGCUGCAGAAGUUCCUCAACGACAGCGUGUUGUUCCUGACCCAGUACGAGCUGAGACAAGCCCAGGCUGCUCUCCAGAAGCUCCAGACCUCCAUCACUGAGAUCAGAGAGGAGGCUCUGCCCAAGAAGAAGUUCACCUUCAGAGCUCGCACUAAAGCAGCAGAUAAUGUGACGUCAUCAGACACACCUUCACCUGCAGGAGCAUCAGAUAAAGUGGUGACGUCAUCAGACACACCUUCACCUGCAGGUACUGGUAGCAGCAAGGUGGAUGCUCCUGCAGAGCAGUGUGGCUUCUCCAACAUGGACAAUGUGUCUCUGACAAAGACAUCUGAGGAGAUCAACAAGCAAGACGUACUGCUGACUGACCUGACUAACUGCAAGGUCCGCCUGUUGGGGUCCCCCAGCACGCUGCACCUGAAACACAUCGACACCUGUGAGAUCCUGUGCGGACCCGUGUCCAGUUCAGUGUUCGUGGAUCAGUGUAGAAACAGCAUCCUGGCCGUCCCCUGUCAGCAGCUGCGUACCCACAACACCACGGACACACAGGUGUACCUGCACGUCACCAGCCGGGCCAUCGUAGAGGACUGUCGUGGAGUGAGCUUCGCCCCGUUCUCCUGGUCUUAUCCCACCCUGGAGGAGGACUUUGCUGUGUCUGGGUUAGACCAGGACCGGAACAACUGGAGCCAGGUGGAUGACUUCAACUGGCUCGCUGCGGACACACCUUCGCCGAACUGGACUGUCAUUCCUGAAGCGGACCGGAAAACCAACUGGGACAUCUAGAGAUAAACAUUUAAAACCUUAAAGGUCCUGCAUUGUAAAAAGUGUGAUUUUCAUGUCUUUCAUGACACGCGCAAUACCAGCGGAAUGUCGUGCUAUUUAUAAGCCUUCUCGUGACACCGGGUUGCCAUGGUCACAAAUCAAUAAAUAUGCACAGAAGAUAGUUGUAGAACAUGUCAUCUUUCAAACUAAUAAACUUAUUUAAAGGUCC